GUACCGGUUGUUAGUUAACGUUUAAAAACCUAGUACAAGCGUUUUGUUUCCAUGAAAAGCCGCACCGCAGCAGCAAUGGGGAGCGGGAAAGUGGAGAAAAAACAGAAAGCUCGCCAAAACCCUAGAAACAACCGGAAACCUCUAGGCCCCAAGUCCGACAUACCCAAAUCCAAGUCCAAGAAGAAGAAGAAGACGAAGAACAACAACAACCACCAAAACGACACCGACCCAAUCGAAACCAAAAACAAAACGACAGUUGUUACCGGCAACAACAGCAACAACCCACGGCCACCACCCGCGACACCGAGGCAGCAACUCAGUUACUUUCUUAGUCAGUUUCAAUCCGCCAAUGGGGUCCAACUCUCUUCUCUAGAAUUGGAGUCUAUUAAAGAUAGUUGUAUUUUGGAUGUUUCUCAGGAGUCGGGUCAAGAUGUAAUGAGGCUAGAGAAAUAUAUAAAGGAAGCUUUUGGGGCAAAAUGGAAAGAAGAACUUUGUGAAGGGAAGCUCAUUGAAGGGAAAACUGAAGCAGGAAGUCCUGCUGUUCUUGUUGUUGCUACUUCAGCAUUAAGAUCUAUUGAACUUUUGAGGGGCAUGCGCUCAUGUACUAAAGAAUGUCGUGCUGUAAAGUUAUUUUCAAAGCACAUGAAAAUUGAUGAACAGGUAUCUUUACUGAAGAACCGAGUUAACAUUGCUAGUGGUACACCAAGUAGAAUUAAAAAGUUAAUUGACAUUGAGGCAUUGGGACUUUCACGUUUAUCACUGAUUCUGCUUGAUAUUCACACUGAUGUCAAGGGCUAUUCCUUGCUUACCCUUCCUCAAGUCAGAGAUGAGUUCUGGGAUUUGUAUAAGAACUACUUUCACCAACAAGUAGUGCAAGGUGAUCUGCGCAUCUGUCUUUAUGGUCCAAUACCAAAUGGCAAUGAGUUUAAGGUCAAAAGUUUAGAAUUGGCUGAUGGAUAGAGAACAGUCAGAUUCUUCAAAAAUUUUGAUCUUUGUUGUGAAUGUAUCCUGCAUUUUUGUUAAAAAAGAAAAGAACAGGCUAAGUUAACAUCAUUUUUCCUUGUAAUCCUUUGCUUAAUGCAAAUUUAGUCUAUAAUGGUUUUUCCUUCA